UGUAGUUUCAUCGUUUAGCAUUCACCAAAAAAGAUUACCAUAUGAUAGAUGGCGAAGUGUGUGUGGGGCAUAUUAUGUAAUUGGUAAAUAUAUAAAUCCCCAAAAUAACUAUUAUGUAUGUCUAUCAAUAAAAACGAUAUUUUGAAUCCAUUAAAGGAGAUUCGAUUUUUAGAAAAGUUAGGUUCAGGAUCAUAUGGAGAGGUUUUUAGGGUCCAACAUUAUGUAACUAAAGAAAUAUUUGCAAUAAAGUGCCUUAAACGAUUGAUUUUAUUGUCGUCAGCUCAUGAAAACCUUUUUACUGAAAUUUCUCUAUUAAAGAGGAUAAAUCAUCCUAAUAUAAUAAAAAUGAUUGAUUUUUUUUGGGACUCAACAUUUGUUUACAUAAUGAUGGAAAUAUGUGAAGGUGGAGAUCUUGCAAAAUUCAUCAAAGUAAAUAUUAAAUUAUCAGAGAAAUUUACUCAACAAUGUAUAUCCCAAAUUGCCAAUGCAUUUCAAUAUUUAUAUAAACUAAAAAUAUCUCACUUUGAUCUAAAGCCAUCAAAUAUUUUAUUAAAGUAUGAAAUAUGUAAAUAUAGUUCUGCUAAUAUAGAACCAAUUGUUAUAAAGAUUGCAGAUUUUGGUUUGGCGAAAUCAUUAAAAUAUGAUCCACAUGUGAAUAAUAUUCGAGGAUCAUUUUUAUAUAUGGCACCUGAAAUUAUAGUUAAUAAAUUAUAUGAUUCUAAAGCUGAUUUAUGGUCUAUAGGAGUUAUAUUAUAUGAAUGCUUGUAUGGCCAGCCUCCUUUCACUUCAGGAAAUUAUAAUGAACUAUUUAAAAAAAUAAAAUCAUCAGACAAUGUUAUCAUUCCUAAAUAUCCAUUAAUAUCACCCUCAUGUUUGGAUUUACUUAUAAAGCUGCUACAAAAAAAUCCAGUUUAUCGAAUAGAUUUUUUAUCCUUUUUUUCACAUUCAUUUAUUACAUUUACAUCUCUGAAUUCUUUUAUACAAACAGUUGAACAUUCAAAGAUCAUUAUUUUGAAUGCUGAUUACUUGCUUGAUAAAGCAAUCAGAUCUGAAAAAUUAAAUAAUUAUAAAGAUGCAUUAUUUAAUUAUAUUAAUGCUGCUCAUGUUUUAUUACCUCUCCUAAAUAUUGGAGAUAUCACUAGGCAAAACAACAUGAAAAAUUUUAUUUAUCAAAUUGUUGAAAAGGCAGAAUAUCUUAAACAGAAUCAUGAUAAUAAAUUAAAAAACCUAAGUUCAAAACAUGAAAAUCAAAAUUUAAUUGACCAAAAAUUUAAUAUUCAGCCUUGUUUGAAAGAAAGUGCCAAAUCUAAUAAAAUAUUUCAGGAUCCUGAAAUUAAAGCAUCUUUAAAAUUAGCUGAGGUGGCUAAAUUAUAUCAAGAAAAGGGAGAUAGUAAAUCAUUAAAAAUUGCUUUGCAGAAAUAUGACUUGUGUAUUAAAGCACUCUUUAAAAAAUUAAAAUUGUUUACUGAAUCAUGUGAUAAAGAUCAAUCACAAAAUGAUACUAUUUUUGGAUCUCUGACUGAUUCAUCAAAGAUUAUAUUAAGCUUAAUAGAUGAAUGGAAUAGUCAAGUUGAAGAUAUAAAUAUUAUUUUAAAUCUAAAUGAAAUGAACAACAGAAAGGAGAAUGGAAUCUACUAUGACUUAAAACCUAAUUCGAAUGAUUUUAAUCUUAAUGAAGCUCUUAAUAAAAAUAUCUCAUCAAAACUAAGGAUGCAAUUUUUGGAAAAAUUAUUUAUUGAGCCUCAUAUUAUUAAAGAUAAAAAUUAAUUUAUUUAUUGAGAAAGAUAUAUAUAUAAAUUUUUAAAAACCUGACCAUUUAUAUAGUUGCAAAAUUAAUUGGUAUUAAAUAAUUCCUUAAUUUUUCUUAUACCUCUUAAUAUUUAUUUUACUCUUGGUGAACAUUCAUUCUGUUAAAUUUUCUUUUUAAUCAUUAUAUCAUAAGGAGGACUGAGAACCCAAACCCUCGAGAUUCAAUUAAAGCCAAACCCAUUCUUAAAAUUUAAGAUUUAAAAUUGUUUUAAUUCUUAAUGAUAAUAUUUUUGUAGUUAUUAUGAUAAUUCGCUUAAAUAAAAAUUAUAAAAUCCAUAUAUAAUAUUUGUUUAAUAAAGUCUAUAUUUUUUAAAUUGUAUUGUAUUAUUAUAAAUAUGGUGACUAAAUUUACGGA